AGUAUGCUCCUAUAUAUGCUUCUCCCACCACCUUGAGAAGAGCUUCACUCCUUGGCGUUGGUGGCCAUCACUGAGCUUAUCAUUGGAGCGGCCUCAGCUGAGCUCCCAACCAGCUGCAGCAGCAGCAGCAGCAGGGGCAGCCUCAGUUCACCGCCCGGCGCCGCCGCAUCCAUCUGCAUUGCUCGCUCGGAGGCCUCAGUAAUCAUUGUUGGAGAAAAUGGUUGCAGAGGCCUUUACAGUAGAUUUGAAUGAACCUCUUGUAUUUCAGGUUGGACAUUUAGGUGAGCAGUAUCAGGAAUGGGUUCACCAACCAAUUGUUAGCAAGGAGGGGCCAAGACUUUUUGCCAACGAUGUCUUAGAGUUCUUAACACGCACGGAAUGGUGGGCAAUUCCUCUUAUCUGGUUGCCUGUUGUAUGUUGGUGCCUGACUAAAUCAGUCGAAAUGGGACACACACUUUCAGAAGUAGCUCUGAUGGUUGUGUUUGGAAUAUGCCUAUGGACAUUGAUCGAGUAUAUAAUGCAUCGAUUCCUGUUCCACAUAAAUACUAAAAGUUACUGGACAAACACAGCACAUUACCUUCUUCAUGGAAUUCAUCACAAGCACCCGACUGACGGCCUUCGACUUGUCUUUCCACCAGCAGCUGCAGCUAUCUUGUGCUUUCCGUUCUGGAAUCUAAUCAGGCUAAUUACUACUCCGACUACAACUCACGGCGUGUUUGGAGGCGGCCUGUUGGGUUAUGUGAUGUAUGACUGCACACACUACUAUCUGCAUCAUGGGCAGCCGUCAUCUGAUCCAGGAAAACACCUCAAGAAAUACCAUCUGAACCAUCACUUCAGAAUCCAAAACAAGGGGUUCGGAAUAACAUCGACGCUGUGGGAUCAUGUGUUUGGUACAUUGCCCUCGACGAAAACCAUCGACAAGAAGAGCUCUUGACUUGCGCUGCAUUUUGCAAAAAGCCAGAAAUGGAGGCAAAGAUAAGCAUGUAUUAUGUUCUCCAAUGUCCACCUCCUCAAGCCAAAUCCUGUUCAGGUGUUCUAGAUUGAUUUGCUCCUGCAGAAUCCCCAUGAUUGCAUGAUUGAUGACAGGCCUGAUGGAUGAUGAAUCACUGAUCGAUUUCUAGUUCUUAUUCUCUGAAGAUGAACCGAAGAUCCAAGAUUGGUCCAUGAAAUUAUCCUUUCUUGAUUUGGCCCUCCGAGAAUAGAUUCCUGUGCAAUCUAGUCAGUAGUUGUUCAGGUCAUGUAAACGUACGGUAAGAAAUUUAUGUGCAGAGGGUUUUCCAGUUUAUCCUAUGCAUUUGACCUCUGGUCAUGUAUUGAUUCUGAGACAAAGUGUAGUGAUCGCUUGAUGAUACUAGUACACAUUGCUGCCUUCUUUUUUGUCCUGUAAAAGAUUUAUUAUUGGCAGCAAUGGAUGGUAGAGAGGGCAAUCUGCUUCUUAGUUUUGAGUAUAAAGUUUUAAGUUUUGA